UGUGACAUCACAGUACCGCGAGAGCGAGCUAGCUGAAGUGCUCUCGCGGUACUUUGAUGUCGCAGAUCGAUUGCACAGAAGUCGAACACACCUCCAGUGACGCUAUAUACAACUUCCAGUGAAUCACUGGAAGUAGAUAUUACACAAAACGCGAUAGACCACAUCCUCACAACGAGUUUUAGAAGACAACCGAGGACUAACAGAUAAACAUUUUCUUGUUUCAUUGAUAAUGAAAUUCUUCACGUUGUUUGCGUUUGCGCUGGCUAGCAUCCACGUGACAACAGGAGGGUCAGCUGAGAACAGGUGUUUCUGUAAGGUUACUGGAACCCUGGAUGACUGCGCAUGUGAUGUUGAGACCAUUGACAGUUUCAACAAUAGAGAGAUCUUUCCCAAACUGCAAAAACUGCUUUCAUCUGAUUAUUUCAGGUUUUACAAGGUGAAUCUAAACAACCCUUGUCCAUUCUGGACCGAUCACAGUCAGUGUGGACUUAAAUACUGUGCUGUGAAACCAUGCACACCAGAUGAAGUACCCGAGAGCAUUAAAUCCAGCAGUUAUAAGUAUUCAGCAGAAGCCGAUCAGGAUGUAGAACGAUGUGAGAUGGCAGAGAAACUCGGAGCUGUUAAUGCUUCCCUAAGUGAUGAGACGCGUCAGGCACUAAGUGAAUGGAAGAAACACGAUGAUGAGUCUGACCGUUUCUGCAUGUUGGACGAUGAAGACUCGCCUGAGUCACAGUAUGUCGAUCUUCUGUUGAACCCUGAGCGCUUCACAGGUUAUAAAGGACCAGAGGCAUGGAGGAUAUGGAAUAGCAUAUAUGAGGAGAAUUGUUUCAAACCGUAUUCAGUUAAACGUCCACUGAAUCCUUUGAUGUCUAACAGCGGAGACAUUGAUGGUCAGGGAUUCCACCGUUGGUUGGAAGGAUUAUGUGUUGAAAAGCGAGCUUUCUUCAGGCUGAUUUCAGGACUUCAUGCCAGUAUAAAUGUACACUUGAGUGCCAGAUACCUUCUAGAUGAGAACUGGUUCGAGAUGCAGUGGGGUCACAAUGUCUCCGAGUUCCAGGUGAGGUUUGAUGAAGAGCUGACAAAAGGGGAGGGGCCAAAGAGACUACGGAACCUCUACUUUCUGUACCUGAUUGAACUGCGUGCUCUGGCAAAAGUCCUCCCUUAUUUCGAUCAUCCCUCCUUCCAUUUCUACACCGGUCAGCCAGUGCAGGAUGCAGAAAACAAGAAAAUGCUUUUAGAGCUCCUCCAAGUGGCAAAAACGUUUCCACUGCAUUUCGAUGAAACCACACUGUUUGCGGGAAAUACGGAGGAAGCUACGAAACUAAAAGAGGACUUUAAGCUCACCUUUAAGAACAUCUCACGGAUCAUGGACUGUGUCGAAUGUUUUAAAUGCAGACUUUGGGGCAAAUUGCAGACACAAGGCCUGGGAACAGCUCUCAAAAUCCUCUUCUCAGAAAGGCAAAUAGAAACCAUGCCCAGCACAAGCAACACCAGUCCCUCUUUUCAGCUCAGUCGGCAGGAGAUCGUCUCUCUGUUUAACGCUUUCGGAAGAAUCUCCACAAGUGUCAGAGAACUGGAGAAUUUUCGAUCGUUGUUGUCAAAGCUGAAACAGUGACGGAAAGAAAUCAAGCACACUUAUUAAUCAUGACACAGUUGACGCCUCCAGGAUCGAUAAAUGAUUGCCCUUAGAAUCGUGUUUUACAGUUGAACUCCUAUAUUUGUUGUAUCCUGAAGGAACAGAGCACUUUAGUCUCAACACUGUUGUGUGAAAUUAUUCUGCACUAUUACACAUGAAAAUAUAUGUUUGUUAAAUGUAUUAUUUGCAUAGGAAGGUAUUGUAUUUGGCAUCCCAAAGUGAAAGUUUUACAGGAACUCAAAAAGCUUUCUUAUUCAUAAAUAUAUAGUUCAAAAUGGUUUACUUUAUCAAUCUUUGACAUCAUAAUUUAUUACAUUUAUCAGGGACAUUUAUCACAAUGUUUGUAUAUUUUGCCGAUUUUUUUUUUUAAAGUUAUUUCUUUAUAGAGAUAUGACUGAAAUAUUAAACUAAAUUUAUUAAAGCACACAAAGUACAAAAUUUAAAGUGCAA